AUGGCCAAGGAAGAGCAGUUUUUGGAAGAACCGGACAUGGACGGUUCCGUCUCUGAGGGAUUGGAAGAGGAAGAAUCGACCAUUCCGGCCAAUGCGGGUGAAGACAAGUUGGUGAUUGCCAAGUCCGAAGACACGGGCGUGAGAGCCCUGCGCAUCCUUACGGCCCUGGUGCUGGUGGGAGUGGCUGUGACUGUGUGCGUCGUGGUGUACAAGCAAACCCAAGCGAAUGAGCAGGAGAACUUUGAACAGGGCUUUCACGAACAUGGCGGAAAGCUCAUGUCGGGUUUUGUGGUCGCCAUGAAAAGUCGCGUUGGAAUUGUCGAGGGCUUUGCCAUGGACUUGACAUCCACCGUCAAUGAUCCAAACACCAAUGUCAGUUGGCCCUACUACAUGCCGCACGACUAUAGCAGGAGGGCGCACCAUGUCUGCAAACUGGCACAAAUUGGAAUGCUGGCUGUUCUACCCAAGGUGGAAACGCUGCAAUUGCCAACCUGGAAUGCCUACAUCAACCAACGCAAGGAAAACUGGACACGCGAGGCCCUUGCUUAUCAGCAACAAGAGGUAGACAAACUACAGUUUCUACCUACCAUGAUGAAACUCAUCGAUGGCAAGGUAGAGGUUGAAGACGGGCCAGGACCUUACUUUCCCAUUACUUGGAUGUAUCCGGCCGCUGGUUUCCCUUCCUAUAUCAAUACCAAUCUAUACGGAAACCCUACAGGCGCACGAAUUCAGAUGAAUGAAGCCCUCAACUCAACCACCAUGAGUUUCGCAAGAAGCACCGAGUUCAUGGAUGGACCAAAGCCAGAAAGUCUGGUCUAUCGGGAGUCUGGAAAGUACUUUCCGGGAUAUGAUGGUGGACCCUACUUUCCUUGGUACUAUGCUGUCUAUGAUUCAUAUCAGAGUCAGACAAAGAAAGUUGUGGCUCUUUUGGGAGGAUACACCCUAUGGACAUCAUACUUUACUGGAAUUCUACCUGAUGCAACUCCGGGACUCGUGCUCAUUCUCGAGAACAAGUGUAACCAAACCUUCACCAUGCAGAUUGAAGGGGAACAAGCCAACAUCCUGAGCAAAGGAGAUCAUCAUGACACCAAAUAUGAUGACCUUGCUAUGAGUGUGACUGUCGAUUCCAUCUUUGGCCAGCAAGAUGAAAAUGACAACGAGGAAGAGUAUGGAACCUUCAGCCCAAAAGCCAAUGUUGGGAAAUGUCACUACCGCAUUCGAAUCUACCCCUCCCAAGAAUUCGAGGACAGCUACUACACCAAUGCACCUCUUAUCUUCACUGUGACACUGGCAUCGGUCUUUCUCUUUACAUGCAUGGUAUUCCUUGCUUUCGAUUAUUUUGUCGAACAGCGACAGAAGGCUGUCAUGAAAUCAGCUCUCCAGUCUGGACAGCUUGUUUCUAGUCUAUUCCCAGAAGAAGUCCGAAAGCAACUCUACCAGGAAGAAGAAGCCAAAGCCAAAGCAAAGGAGCAAGAAAAGGGAUGGCGUACAGCCAGCACCGCCGGAGGUGACACUAUUUCGGGUGCGGCCUCGGAUGGACUGACGGCCAAACAGGCCAUUGCCCACUACUAUGAGGAUACCACGAUCUUCUUUAUGGAUUUGUCAGGUUUCACCAAGUGGAGCUCCACUCGAACACCUGCGGAAGUCUUUGAACUUUUGGAGGCACUCUAUGGGCAGUUUGACAGGGUCGCCGCCAAGCUUAAUGUUUUUAAAGUCGAAACCAUUGGGGAUUGCUAUGUCGCUGUCACUGGGCUUCCAGAAGCACAACCGGACCAUGCCUUGAUCAUGACCAAAUUUGCUCAAACCUGCAUGCGGAAGAUCCACCCUGUUCUUGUAUCAUUGGCCCCUACCUUGGGGGAAGAUACCCUCAAUCUCGAAAUGAGAGUCGGCCUGCAUUCGGGCCCUGUUACCGGAGGUGUGUUGCGUGGCAAGAAGGCCAGAUUCCAGCUCUUUGGGGACAGCGUCAACACAGCAUCUCGAAUGGAAAGCAAUGGUCAGCCUGGAAGAAUCCAUGUAUCCGAGUCAACUGCCGAAGAGCUCCGCAAGCAUGGCAAGGAUGAAUGGCUGACUGUUCGAGAAGACAAGAUCACUGCCAAGGGAAAAGGUCUCAUGACAACGUAUUGGGUGAACCCCAAGGCAGGAGGAGCAACAACGACGAGAACUGGGAGUGUUGCUUCCACCCGUAGUUCAGUUUCCCAAAGGGGAGAUAUCCCAUCAAGUGAAUCGAUUGACCUGGAGUCGGGACCUGCACCUGCGGCUGACAAUAUCGAAGAGUUGCAUUCCGUUGAUGUCUAG